AUGAAGGCCAUCAUCUACACCGAACCCAAGCAGACCCGUCUGGUCACCGACCGGCCUUUGCCUAAACUCCGCGAAAACACUGUAAUUGUCAAAGUGGCAGCCGUGGCUUUGAAUCCGACCGACUGGAAGCAUGUUCACUUUGGGAUGGCAAAAGAAGGAUGCAUCCUCGGUGUGGACUAUGCAGGUACUGUUGAGCAAAGCAACUCCCCCGAAUGGCAAAAGGGCGAUCGUAUCUGCGGAUUCGUGCACGGAGGAAACUCCGUCAACCCCGACGAUGGAUCAUUUGCCGAGUACAUCGUUGCGCCUUUAUCCACUGCCAUGAGGAUGCCCGAAGGUGUCUCGAUGGAAGCUGCAUCCACUCUCGGAUGUGGCAUCACCACCGUCGGACAAGGACUUUUCGAAGUUGGAUAUGGACUUGGUCUCAACACGCCUUCUGACCCAAUUCAGAAUGCGGAGCCACUCUUGAUCUAUGGAGGAAGUUCUGCGACUGGCUCAUUGGGUAUUCAGUUGGCCAAAGAGGCCGGGUACUCUGUUCUCACCACCUGUUCUCCCAAGAACUUCGAAAUGGUUCGUGCCCGCGGUGUAACGGAAGCCUUCGACUCGAACGAUCCCGAGGUGGGCAAGAAGAUCAACGCGUAUACCAAGAACUCUCUGCGAUUUGCGUGGGAUUGUAUUGGAACCGAAAGUGCGGCUCAGGCCUGCGCAGACGCGCUCACCACCAAUCCCGGGGCACGAUUUGGCACCAUCCGGGGUCCUAAGCUUCCUCGGGACGACGUGAAGUAUACGGCAACGAUGGCCUAUGUGGGUAUUGGCGAAGACUUUGAAAAGGGCGGGAAAUGGACCCGAGGCAACGGAGAACAUGCCCGGUGGCAGUACAAGGUGUGGAAGAUCGCCCACGAUUUGCUUGCUGCGGGCAAGCUCCAGGUUCACCCGAUUCGGAUUGGUAAUGGUGGACUGGAGGGUGUUUUGAAUGGCCUGAAGGAACUCGAGGCAGGGACAGUCUCUGGAGAAAAGCUGGUUUAUGUUUUUUGA